CGGCCGCGUGUUCCAACUCCCACCUCCGUCUCCGGCGGGAAGCGGAGACCUCCCGCUCCCACUACCAUUCCGGCGGCCAUGGCCACCGCCGCCUCAAACCUUUACCUCCGCCUGCCGUCGACACUCCCCUGUACAGUUUCCUUCCCCACCCGCUUCUCGCGCAUUCCACACGCUCCGCCGCGACGCAUUCGGACGGCCGCCUCGCGAACCUUAGCACCGCCCGCCACGUCGGAAGUCCCGGAGGUGGAGGAGCUGCGGAUGGAGGCGGAGUCCGCGCUGGAGUGGGGCGGCGUGUGCGCGCGGCUGGCCGACUUCGCCGCCACCGCCGCGGGCCGCGCCGCCUGCGGGGAGGGCCGGGUCCCCGUCGGCCUUAGCCGGGAGGAGAGCGAGCGGCUGCUCGAGCAGACCGCCGCCGCGUCGCUGCUCUCGGCGCCGCUGGAUUUCGGCGGCGUGGGCGACGUGUCCGCGGUCGUCGCCGCGGCCGCCCGUGGCCGGCUGCUCGCCGUGCGGGAGAUAUGCGGCGUCGGACGCAGCCUCCGGGCCGCGCGCGGGGUGUUCGACCAAGUGAAGAGCCUCGCCGAGGAGAUGCCAGAUGGGAGGUAA